CAGAAAUCCUCCUUGACUGCAGAGAGCACUGCUGUGCCCAGAGGCUGGACUUGCCCCUUUACAUGACCUGCCUGGACCUUUCUGAUGCUACAUACAUACAUGGCUGCUUUCUAGCCUGUUGAGGACUGGCCCCCAUGAGGUCAAGGUGGAGGCAGCCCAGGCAAUGAUCUCAGUCUUUUCUUCAAACCCUUCCCAGGCUUCUGAAAGCCAGGAGGGAAAACAAGGGAAGAGUAUAAGCUCUCCUUGCUUCCUGGGCUUCAUUGUCUCACUAGGCACAGGAUUACCACAUAUUUCUCUUUCCUCUGGAAUGUGCUCAGCUCUGGAUCCUUGGAAUUAGGUGAGGAUAUACCCCAGAAGGGCCUCCUGGUUAGUCGAAGGUAAGUGAUUCCUUUCAUGAAGUAGAAGUCUUCUGGCAAGAGGUCUAUUGGGGAAUAGUGAGUAGAUGGAGAAAUUUUCUAACUUUUAUUUGUGAAGGAACCUAGGGUUUUGUGUAUGCCAGGCACAUACCGUGCCAUUGAGCUACUCGCAGGCCCUAAGAGAUCUAAUUCAGAUAUUUCAGCCACAGCCAGAUUUAGGAGACUACAGAUCUGCCUCUAAGCACCCUCUUCAUGGGGUCUCAUUUCUCCAGGCCUGCUAGCUACAUUGUGCCCUCGUACUUCGCUAGUGAGUGUAUUGAGCUAGAAUGUGUGUGUUUCAGGAAUCAAUCACAUUUGUAGAUGUGAUUGUGGUGUUUAGCCCAGAAGAAUGGUAUUUUGCGAUUCAUCUGAAAGAAUUAUAUACAGAGAUAUGCUGAAAAUCUACAGGGGCUUCAUGAAUAAGGCUGUCUCAUUGCUUCCUCUACACAUGCUGGAGGCCACCAUGAAUUCCAGUAACUGUGCAGGAAUGGGAAACCGAGAGAUGAAAAGACAGAUGAGGGCAGUCCUGGGACAUACAAGAGCCCAGUAUCUUCCCCAUGGAUAUGGUAGUCUGUCCACUACUUUUUUUUUUUUUUUUAACUAUAUUUUUUAAAAUUUUAUUUUAAAGAGAAUAGGACCCAACAAAACAAAACAGAAUAAAGCUAAUCAAAGCAAAACAGUGAAAGUGGCACAGAACUUCAAAACAGGAUAAUAGGAAAUCAACAAUGGCUACCAUAAUGUAUUUUGCUAUCUUCACAGUAAUCAGACAUAUCAAGAUCAAACACAACAAAACAAUAAAACCAAUCAAAAUGUACAUUGAAUAAAAACAAAAUAGUAAAGUGGAACAACACAAAAUAACAUUACUGCACACUGUUAUCUUCAAAAUAGUUGCUCAUGUUACCAGAUACAGGAAUAAAAUUAAAUAGUAAAAUGGAACAAAACAUUGGAUUUCAAGAACAAGACAGGAGGAAAUCCCCUGCAGUGGACACAGUGCACACUGCAUCCUCCAGGUAGAUGCCCAGACCACCAGCCGAGGCCUGCAGAGUCAAUCAGACAAUACAAGCAUUGAGCUAUUCCCUUUCCCUCAGCUGCUGUCAUCUCCUCCUGAGUCCCCCAAACCAGCCUGCUUCAUGGGAAAGUGUGGUUUCUGUUCUGGCGGAGGCUUUUACCCAUCAGCUUGGCAGAGCCUGCUUCACAGGAAGGUUUGGUUUAUCUUCUGGUUGAGGUUUUUAUCCAUCAGCAUGACAGGGCUUCACACGAAGGCCUGUUGACUACUCUUUGUCCUUCCAAAAUUAAAAACUGAGCUUCUAAAGUGUAACUCAGAGUCAAGCGCUGGAUUCUGGAUAGUUGUGGUGUUCUCUGUAUCCCAUUGAAUCUAGUCCUAGUGGAAGAGCUUUACUGUGUCCAUCAGAAUUCAGGGACAACUGGUGGGCGGGGCCAAGCGGGCGCCCCACCGCAGUGCGCGCGCAUGCGCCGUGGCGGCAACGGUGGCGGCGGCCUGAGGUACGCGGACAAGAUGGUGGUGCUGGUACUGGUGGAGGAGGCCGCGACCGAGGCGGCGGGCAGCCGCCUCGUCAGCCUGCCGGGCGAGGUGCUGGAGUACAUCCUGUGCAGCGGCUCACUGACGGCCGCCGACCUCGGCCGCGUCUCCAGCGCCUGCCGGCGGCUGCGCAAGGUGUGCCAGAGCAGCAGGAAGGUGUGGAAGGAGCAGUUCCGGGUGAGGUGGCCCUCCCUUAUGAAACACUACAGCCCCACCGACUACGUCAAUGGGUUGGAGGAAUAUAAAGUUCUACAGAAAGCUGGGUUAGAAGCCCGCAGGAUUGUAGCCUCGUUCUCAAAGAGGUUCUUUUCAGAGCACGUUCCCUGUAAUGGCUUCAGUGACAUUGAAAACCUUGAGGGACCAGAGAUAUUUUUUGAGGAUGAGCUGGUGUGUAUCCUAAAUGGAAGAAAAGCUCUGUCCUGGAAAUACUAUGCAAAAAAAAUUCUUUACUACGUACGGCAACAGAAAAUUCUGAAUAAUCUCAAGGCUUUUCUUCAGCAGCCUGAUGAUUAUGAAUCCUAUCUGGAAGGAGCUGUCUAUAUCGAUCAGAACUGCAACCCUCUCUCUGACAUCAGCAUCAAAGACAUCCAGGCCCAGAUUGACAACAUCGUGGAGCUUGUUUGCAAAACUCUCCAAGGCAUGAACAGUUGCCACCCCAGUUUGGCCUUCAAGGCAGGUGAAUCCUCCAUGAUAAUGGAAAUAGAACUCCAGAGUCAGGUGCUGGAUGCCAUGAACUAUGUUCUUUAUGAGCAGCUGAAGUUCAAGGGGAAUCGGAUGGAUUACUAUAAUGCUCUGAAUUUAUAUAUGCACCAGGUUUUGAUCCGCAGAACAGGAAUCCCAAUCAGUAUGUCACUGCUGUAUUUGACGAUUGCUCGGCAGCUGGGAGUCCCACUGGAGCCUGUCAACUUCCCGAGUCACUUUUUGCUGAGGUGGUGCCAAGGCGCAGAAGGGGCAACUCUGGACGUCUUCCACUACAUCUACAUCGAUGCUUUUGGGAAAGGCAAACAGCUGACGGUGAAAGAGUGUGAGUACUUAAUCGGCCAGCAUGUGACCGCAACGCUGUACGGGGUGGUCAACGUGAAGAAGGUGUUGCAGCGGAUGGUGGGAAACCUGCUAAGCCUGGGGAAGCGGGAAGGCAUCGACCAGUCAUACCAGCUCCUGAGAGACUCCUUGGAUCUGUACCUGGCGAUGUACCCGGACCAGGUGCAGCUUCUGCUCCUCCAAGCCAGACUCUACUUCCACCUGGGAAUCUGGCCGGAGAAGUCUUUCUGUCUUGUUGUGAAGGUGCUUGACAUCCUCUAGCACAUCCAAACCCUCGAACCUGGGCAGCACAGGGCGGUGGGCUACUUGGUGCAGCACACGCUUGAGCACAUUGAGUGUAAAAAGGAGGAGGUAUUCGUGGAGGCUAAGCUGCGCUCUGAUGAGAAGCACAGGGAUGUCUGCUACUCCAUCGGGCUCAUAAUGAAGCAUAAGAGGUAUGGCUAUAACUGUGUGAUCUACGGCUGGGACCACACCUGCAUGAUGGGUCACGAGUGGAUCCGGAACAUGAACGUGCACAGCCUGCCUCACGGCCACCAUCAGCCUUUCUACAAUGUGCUGGUGGAGGAUGGUUCUUGUAGAUACGCAGCCCAAGAAAACUUGGAAUAUAAUGUGGAGCCUCAAGAAAUCUCGCACCCGGAUGUCGGACGGUAUUUCUCAGAGUUUACAGGCACUCACUACAUCCCAAAUGCUGAGCUAGAAAUUCGGUAUCCAGAAGAUCUGGAGUUUGUCUAUGAAACGGUGCAGAAUAUUUACAGUGCAAAGAAAGAGAACAUAGACGAGUAAAGUCUAGUAGAGGACAUUGUACCUUUGCUGCUGCUGCUAUCUUCCAAGAGAACAGGAUUCCAGAAGGAAAUGUGUCCGCGCUCCCUCUGGAUUCACGCCACCAGGAAAGCCACCUCACGGUCGUGCUGGUUGCCUCCUCCUAAGUUUAAAUGACGUGUGCUCUCCUCCAGCUGCAAAGACAAUGUUGCUCUCCGCCUACACUAGUGAAUUCACUUGAAAGGCACUGUGUUCAGUGGCAUGGCUUGUAUGCUUGUUCUGUGGUGACAGUUUGUGACAUUCUGUCUUCAUGAGGUCUCACACUCAAUGCUGUGUUCUUUUUACCCACUUCAUCCAUCCUUACAUCUGUCUCCACUUGUCUCAGAACAUGUCACUUGCUGGACAGAUGGGCUUAUCCAUUUGCAAUAAUUCCUCUCUGAUUUCUCUAUAGGACGCGUGCAGUCCUCAGUCAGGAUUGUUUGUCUUUUUACCCUGAAUUUAGUUGCGUAUUCAGAGGUAAAGUUGUACACUAACUCAGCAGCAUCUUGCGGAUGGAGACAUUAACAAACUAAUGGUAAUUCGAAUCUUUAGAAUUUAUUUUUUUGCUAAUACGUGAAACACAGAUUUCAAGUGUUUUAUCUUUUUUUUAUUUAAAUUGAGAGAAUGGCAGUUUUCCCUUCCAUAUUCCUCUCUUGGAUGUGUGCACAUUUCUACAAAUCAUGAGCUUUCUAUUUUACUACAUGAGAUUCUUUGAGAAAAUGCAUAAUAAUGGCCUUUAUGAGUGGACUUUCCCACAUUUACUGUUCCUUUCCUGAAAUGACUACUUUUUUUUUUAAUUUUAAAAGUCUGCUCCUGUGUCACGAGUAGUUCUAAGUCAGUGAUGGCUUCUGUUUUGUAGACUCCCAAGUCCCAUGUUGAAAUAUUUGCUGUUAGAAAUCAUGCUUUCUGGUCUCCAAAGGCCAAAAAAAUAGGGUUUUGUUUUUCUAAUCAAAAUAAAAACAGAAGCUAAUGAA